AAGCCAAUAAAAAUUCACAUCGAUUCGACGGGUUGCAGAAGGGGAAAACACCAGUAUGAACGCAUUAUUUGUGAUAAUGAAUCAGAACCAAUUGCUCUUGAAAGAGACACUGUCGGUAUAUAUACACACACACAUACACAUACAUACAUAUACAUCAUACACACGGAUACACAUACACAUACACAUACACAUACACAUACACACACACACACACACACACACACACACACAUACAUACAUAACACGUACCUAUUUACACAAAUACGUAGUGUACUGUGGACGAGGCGCAUCGCAUCAAGCACGCCGUCAGUUGUUCAGUGGAUUUUUUCUUUUUUCCAUUUUCCGAACUUACCUCACGUGAGUUUACGUGGUUUAAAAGUGAUAGAAUUGAUG